UACAUUUUUACUAUUCCCCAUUUCAAGAACGUGAGUUAUUUCCCCUAAUUGGAACUCUCCUAUUGUAAAACUGCGCAUGCGUUAAAAUAUACGUCUACUUCCGCGGGCGUUCUUGACAACUGUCAAAAUGGACGUACGAACGAAAAGCUCUGCUUCGGGAUACCGCUCAAGAAAGUAUUGUUGUAUAUGUAGUAAUUAUAGGGGGAAAACCGUAGAGGGACAAGUCGUCAGUCUCCACAGAUUUCCAAGCGAUGCAGAUAAACGUAGAAUAUGGCUGCAGCGAGCAAGGUUAGUGCGCAAGGACUUCACCUACACCAAGAAUUCGUACGUGUGUUCUUCACAUUUCGUGAAUGGUAGCGGCCCCUCUGCAACCCAUCCUUUGCCGUCGAUAUUUCCGAACAAGGUGUUCAAAACUUCGGCACCCUCAACCACAAAUGCCCCAGCUGUUCCCUUUUCUCAUGAGCCAGGUGUGCAGGACAAUCAGCUUCCUGAGAGUGAGGAUAACCAGGAUAGCCUUGAACAAACAGAUGACCCGUUAAAGGAUUCCCUAAAUAUGCACGACUAUCAUAAAGACUGGACAACAUGUGCUGGUGAAGUUCCAAAAAAUAAGGAAACUCAGACUAUUUUGUUAACUGUAGAUUCAUCAACACAGACUGAUGAAUCCUUUUUUAACAGCAUGGCCAUGAAAAAGUGUGUUUCCUCCUCUGCAGAAACACAGACUGAUGGAAAGCUUUUCAUUGAUAAAGGGAUUCAAGUUUCUAGACCUGUGUUCACCUUUGAAGAUGUAGAACAGGAUGACUCCAAAAUUUUAUUCUACACAGGUAUUCCUAACAAAGAGACAUUUAAUGCUGUGUUUGAUGAGAUAAAGGAUAAUGCACUCGAAAGUACAACACGUGUAGGGAUUUCAUCUUCAAAUCAAGGACGACCAAGAAGACUAAGGAUUAUUGACGAGUUUUUUCUUGUUCUCAUGAGACUACGGCUGGGAUUACUCCUAGAGGAUUUAUCAGACAGGUUUAAUGUUAGUGUUUCAACUUGCAGCAAUAUUUUUAAUUUAUGGAUUGAUUUUUUGUUUGUUCAGUUGCAGCCUUUGAUAAUGUGGCCAUCCAAAGAAACAAUAUAUGCCACCAUGCCAUGUUCAUUUAAGGGAAAAUUUAGUAACUGCAGAGUCAUAUUAGACUGUACUGAAGUUUUUGUGCAAACACCUAGUUCUCUUGCUAACAAGUCAUUACUCUACAGUGAUUAUAAAUCCCAUAUGACAUUUAAGGGACUCAUAGGCAUCAGCCCAGCAGGUGUUACAACAUUUGUUUCAGACCUUUGGGGGGGGAAGUAUAAGUGACAAACAAUUAACAAAGAAUUGCGGAAUUUUAGAUUUGUGUGAAGUUGGCGAUGCUAUCAUGGCAGAUAAGGGUUUCAUCAUUUCAGAUCUAACUACGCCAAAGGGUAUUCAUCUUAUUAUUCCCCCUUUCAAGAAAAAAAAUACACAAAUGUCCAGAAGUGAUGUCUUACUGACUCGUGAAAUAGCACAUCUUAGAAUACAUGUUGAAAGACAAAUGGAAAGAAUUAAGAACUUUCAUAUUUUUGAAGGUGUGAUGCAGUUAAGUAUGGCAUCUCAGUGUUCUAAAAUUUGGAAAAUUUGUGUUGCUUUGACAAAUCUCCUUCCCCCUUUGUGUACUGUUCCAGAAUAUGACAUUGCUUCAUAGCUAAAUAGUGAAAAUGUGCUUGCAUACAAUUUAAGGUUCUUAUGAUAGAAAAAAAUAUUCCUAUAACUUGUUCAAUGUCUGCUUCCAAUAUAUAUAGCUAUAGUUAUUUGAUGAGAUUUUCAUAUUUUUUAAUUGCAUGUGCAUAAAUUCAGUCUCAUUAUAAAGAAGUGCAUGCACACAUAUUGAGUACUAAGAACUCAUACUUUUUGCAAAACAUAUUUAAAAUCUUCUAAUUAUAUUUAUAUAUAUAUAAAACAAUACUUCUGAAUUUUUAUACAUUUAAUGUAUGACAACAGCAGGACAUAGAGUUAUAGGCUUAAAAGCAAUGACCACCAUGAAAAUAUUAAUGUACGUAUGUAUCAAAUCAUAUUCAUAUUCUGCCAAAUCAUAUUCUGCCAAUGAAUUGUUUGUCAUUAAGGUAAUAUUAAUUCAUUGACAGGUACAUGUAUUUGUAUAUCUUAAUUUAUAGAUAAGGAUUUUUGCACAUAUGAAAACAAUUCUCAUUCAAAUAUUUUGUACAAUUGUUGUAAUUGGUUUAGUACAAUUGUUGUAUGGUUGAAAUCAAAAGAAUUGUGUAGCAUUGAUUUUUCCAUUCUGUAUAAUUGGCAUUAAGUUUCACAAAAUGAAAAAAUGAAGUUUUUUUUAACAUUACAUGUAUAUCAACUUGUUAUUCCUUCUGCAAUAAAG